AUGUGCAUUGCGGUGCAUGUAAGUACCCAUGCUGCAUUGCCUAAACCGUUGCCGGGAAUCCCAUACAACUCAAAGUCGGCCCAAAGAUUCUUCGGAGACGUUCCAUUUUUCAAGAAAGCAAAAUACCGUCGACAGUGGCUUUGGAACCAGCCACGAGAGCAUGGAGUCCCAGUAUCUCAAGUCUUCUUGUUCCCUUUUCGCCGACCGACGGUACUUGUGACCGACUAUCGUGAGGUUGUUGAUAUCUGCUCGCGACGAUCGAAAGAGUUCGACAGAGGUACUAGGAAUAAAGAGUGUAUUGGGGUGGUGGCUCCAAAUUUUCACUUCACGAUGCAAACUGCAGAUCCUCAGCUCCAAUUUCACAAGAAGCUUAUUCGAGAUCUAAUGGCGCCCAAGUUUCUCAAAGAGGCAUCGGCACCUCAAAUAUAUGAAAAGGCUAUUGCUCUGAUCGCAUUGUGGAAAUUGAAAGCGUUCAAAGGAUAUGGCCGACCGUUUUCAGUGAGCAGUGAUCUCUAUUCAGCAACACUCGACAUGAUAUGCGCUGUUGCAUUCGGAAUGGAGGACACCAGCUCUGCUCUACAACACGAGAUUUCUCAUGUGCAAAACAUAAGCCCUACCUUUCCUAACGUCGAGGGUGCACCUGCUUGCUUCCCACCAGCUCCUGUCACACCUGAACUCGAAGGUCUCUUCAACAUCCCAGAAAUGGUGUCGAUAGCUCAAGCAAGCCCCUUCCCUUCAUUUUCUCAAACCCUCGCUCUUCUCAAUCCAAAGCAUGCGCGAGCUCAUUGGAACAGGAAAACCCUGAUAAUGCGUCAGACAGACAGGAGUCUGCAGAGACUUACUUUGGCAGGCUUACCUGAAUGCAGGAGUGCUCUGGAUCAAUUGUUAUGGCGAGAGAUGAAUGCCGCGAAGGCGGUUGGACGACUACCAGAUUACUACUCACCUGUUAUUCGAGACGAACUUCUUGGAUACCUUCUUGGCGGCCACGAUAGUACAGCCGCUACCUUGUGUUGGUGGGUGAAAUACAUGUCAACCUACCAAUCGGUCCAAAUUCGACUUCGAGAUGCACUGCGACAAGCUCAUCUUGAUGCUUACCAAACGUCUCGACUACCCACAAUAGAUGAAAUAUGCGAUACAUCUGUUCCAUACCUAGACGCUGUCAUGGAAGAAACGCUCCGAUACGCCUCUAUUGCAACUCUUAUUGUCCGAACGUCAACUUGCGAUACGCAGAUCUUGGGGUACCAAAUUCCCAAGGGCACAGACAUAAUGAUGUCGCUGACGGGCCCGUCAAUUACGGAGCCUGCUUUACCAAUUCGUGAAAUGUCACGAUCUUUGGAAUCACAAGAGUCCAAAGAUAAAGUUCACCCCUGGGAUGAAGAUGUAUCUCAAUUUAAGCCAGAGAGAUGGCUUAAACUAGUAAAGAAUACCAACAGCGACGAAAAAGAAGAAGUGUUUGACCCGCGAGCUGGGCCAAAUCUUGCCUUUUCAGCCGGCCCUAGACAGUGCUUUGGGAAAAAGCUGGCAUAUAUGAAGCUGAGAGUGGUGGUGACGCUGUUGAUUUGGAGCUUUGAGUUCCAACAGCUUGAUCAGUCUUUAAACGGGUCGGAUAUUAUAGAGAAGCUAGUAAAUCUGCCAAAAGAUUGCUAUGUCAAACUCGCAGGAGCAUGA